AUGGCCGAGUUCCCACUUACACUUGACUGUGGGGCGGAAAAUGCAACCAUAUACGGACCCAGUUAUCAGAAUCUCCUCAAUGCCUAUUAUUGUGGCGAGAAUUUUCUAGCGGUUACUUCUGAUGAGAAAAGCGCCCAGAGCUUUCUGAACUCGUCUAGCAGUGAAGACCAUCUCCCCCUCAAAAUCUCCUGUGGAAAAGGAUCCAGUGUAACUAUCAACAAUGGAACCACGGCUGAUGAGUAUGUGACCGCGUAUGAUUGCGGUAAGGUUGAGUAUGCGGCGAUUAACACUUCUGCGGCACCUGCUAGAUUGAAACACCAUGGGAAGCUGACGCUGAUGUCCUAUGUGUUUGCUAUUCUAAUGCUGUCGGGAUUUGCCUGUAGCUGA